CACCAGGAUCUCGUCGUGUUUCUGGUGUAAGCCCUACUUCCCGAAGAACUGCCCUUGCCCAUCUCUGUCUCCCUGGGAACAGCCGAAGGGGGGUGCGGAGUGACAGAAAUUUAUGUUUUCAUCAAACCGGGCCAAGGAGAAUGGGGGUCCCACACCCAAAAGAAUGAAGACGCGACAGAACAAGGACUCAAUGUCAAUGCGGAGUGGACGGAAGAAAGAGACUCCAGGGCCCCGAGAGGAGCUCAGAUCACGGGGUCGAGCUUCCCCCGGGGGCGUCAGCACCUCCAGCAGCGAUGGCAAGGCUGAGAAAUCCCGACAAGCGACAAAGAAAGGCCGAGUGGAGGAAUCCUGCACCCCCAAGGGCAGCAAGCAGGGCCGGACGGAAGAGAUCUCAGAGAGUGAAGGGGAGGACACCAGCGCUCCCAAAAAAACCAAAACUGAGGAGUUGCCCUGUCCUCCAUCCCCAUCCGAUGUCGACAGCCUUGAUGGCCACAGCUUCAAUGAUGAGAUGAGCAGUGACCCACGGGACAUUGACCAGGAUAACCGUAGCACCUCGCCCAGCGUCUACAGCCCUGGCAGUGUGGAGAAUGACUCCGACUCCUCCUCUGUGCUGUCCCAGGGGCCGUCUCACUCCUACCACCACCCUCCACUCUUCCCUCAGAGCCCUCCGGUAGCUCCCCCUCCCGACAGCCUGGCCCGUCCACCCGAGCCCGGCUUUGGGCUCCCGG